GUGUGAAAAAGGAUGACAAUACAGUCAAUGAAAUCAGUAUUUUGUAGGAUAAUAAUAAUAAUAGGCAUAAUAAUAAUAAUACAUAUUUAUUAUACAGUGCUUCCUUGUAUUCAUGAAUACAAAACAGCUUAAAUGUCAUUACCAUGGCUGGCUCCUUCCACAAUCCUCCCCUUCGCCUCGCUAGUGUAAACCUUUGUGUAACAAAAUUAGAACAACUCGGUGGCUCCCAUCAAAUAUUAAUGGGCCUAGCAGCGAGGGGCAGCACUUUUCAAAAUGUCUAUUCCAGCGGCGCUCCUUGAUGUCGGGCGCUGUGUCAAAAACAAUAUUCCAGCUCAUUUCGGUGGACGCUCAGGGGGCAAUGAGAAGGGGGACAUUGUGCGCGUAAGAGAUCACCGUUGUUCACUGAAACCGCCUCAUGUCUGAUUUCAAUGACAGCCCAGCGUUGGAAAAAUUAUUCCAAAUGCCAGUCAGAUGGGUAGCUAGGCUGGGUGCUCAGAUUAUGUUGGAAACAACUGUGCAUCAUAAUCAUGGUGCCAAGACAAAUGCUAAUAGCAUAUAGUAAAAACCGAACUAUUAGCAUUACGCACAGGUCUAAUACACGUAAAUAGCCUACAAAUAGAUUAUUAGUAAUACUUGUAAUUAGCAUAUAAUGGUAGCAACAGUGGGACAUGAGGCUUCUAUAAUAGCAUCCGUAUAAUACUAUUACAAAUGGUCUAUAUUCCCCUCCCUGCCAUAACUAGAGGUUGAAAGCUGAAUGUGGGCCCUUUGUUUGAAUGGCUCUGCUCUUUGGUUCGAUUCUAUAGCGAUUCUAUAGCUAUAGCUAUUGCACUUCAAAAACCUUUUCAGCAACCUGCAACUGAUUCACGGCGUCCAGAUUCUAUAUGUAUAUCUCUAUAUGGCUCUAUGUAUGUGUGCGUAAGUGUGUCUGAUUAUUGUUUAUCAUGUUUUGUGUCCCAGACAAGGUCGUUAGAAUCCCACGCAUAAGAGACAAGGCAGCACGAGCGCAUCUUCCCGCUCAACAGCAGUGGGAACAAUACAAAUAUAUGGCAGCCAUAUUGAGCCCUUCUCUCACAAAAAGGCGCGACCCUGCAAGAAUACACCAUAGCCCCUUUUCUCCAGAAUAUUCUCUUGCUUACCUCAAAGUAUUCGUUUUGUUGUGCUACAGCAAACAUAUCGAGGUAAAUGUAUUUCCAUCCGUUUUUUUUAAUGCAAUUUGUUUGCACAAAGAACAUGGUGGCUCUAUAACACUAGUAUUUUGGAGGUAGCUUAAAUUCGAUUGUUGCACUUCCUUUUUACAAUUAUAGAUAGACUACGAGACUGCUUUACUUCACUCAUUGUAGUAUAAAAACAAUAACGGAACCUUUACAUAAAAUAGCAUGCAUGGUACAUAACACUGCAGGGCGACAAAAGAUUCACUAGAACACAAUACUUUUCCUGUGGACAAAACAAAAAAACAAAAGACGUACCAUUAAUCAUUAAUUUACGCGUAAAUAAGUAGCACAUGUAUCUACCAAAUAAUAACAUGGACAAGAGUUCCACAAAAAGCAAUGGGAUUGUUUUAAUAUAUCCAAGCAAGAGAGAACUGUUCAUUCUAAAGCCUGUCCUAACCUCGAUCUAACUUAGCUCCAUAAUUGCAAUAUUUGCCCAUUGUAAAACAAAUAUCGAAAGCUUUAGUUUAAGUUUUACGCAAUGGAAAUAUAACCAUCUAACAUAUCUUGCAUUUAUCCACUUAAACAUAAGCGUAAUAUGUAUCCCCGUUAUUUCAGUCACAUUGGCCACCCUUAGCCAUAAUAUUAAGCAGAAAUUUGACAUAAUAGAUGCUCAAUGACUUGCCCAAAAGCGACACAAUAAUAUAGCUCCCCAAACCAUCUAUUAAAAGCAGGUGAAAAUACAGCUAAAAUAUCAAUCUAGUGGUCAUAUUAGUCUUAAACUUGAAUCUUCAACUUGAAAAUAAUAGCUGUUAUUUCCCCUCAGUUAUAUUACCAGUAUUAUUAUUAUCCUUGUGAGUAGUCUAUUUUAAUCUCCUAAUUCUUUUCAGGGGGCCAUGUAGAUAUUGGUUGGCCAGGUAGGUAUUUCCCCGGCCUUCAGUAAUGCAGGAAUGAUUACCCCUUCGGAAAUAAAUCAAUAUGAAGCCCCGCGCUAAUUUAUAAUGAUCUACACGAGCAGCAAUUCAAAAGCGCAUGAAAAAUGACCGGUGAAACCGUAUCCAGAGGCUGCAAGGAGAAUUUUCACCCGGUUGAAGAGCAUGCAGGGGAGCGAUAAGAGUACCAAGCCGGAAAUGUUCAGAAGAAAGGCAAGGUUUUUCAUGCAGGACUCAAAAUAACUCGGAUACUAUCGUGUACAUUUGCAUCAGUGUAAUUGAACUUCCCACUAUUCGUGUGGGUGUCUCUACCACCCUCUCCAUACCCUGUAUCUCUUGUGUGUGUGUGUGUGUGUGUGUGUGUGUGUGUGUGUGUGUGUGUGUGUGUGUGUUGUCUGAGCGUAGGCAGAUAACACUCAGACGCAAAAAAAGGAUCAGCCAAGAAACAAAGCCAAGUGCAUCCGACUUAGUCACAAAUUCUAAAACGUAAUAAUCUUUACAAAAUGUACAAACGUUAGUGCGACAAAAAACAAUCACAGGCUGAGAGCUUUACUUACAGCACAUCAAGAUAGAGGUAAUUUAUUGUUAUAUCCCCUGCUAUGAUGCAAGCCUAUUUAAUUCGUGAAGAACAUACUACCCGUUACCCGCCAACCACCCCCAGCCUAAAAAUGAAUUUAACUCUGGCAAGAAAAUGGCAGUAUCGGAAUGAGGUUGACCACGUUCACCCCUGCAGAAGCCCGCAGGUUGUAAUCGCCAUAUGGCCCGCGUGUCGGCCUCGCAGCCGUGCAGUCAGAUCCCUAUUGGACAGACGAACCCCUUUGCCUUCUCCACCCUGUGUGUCCUGUAAAUCCACUGGUUCAGUAGUUCACCGUGUCAAUCCACCCUGCUCCACGCAAGCAGUUAUAGGCGGAAAAAAAGAGGUAGAGGGUAGAGGUGGACUCUGUCGCCUGGUGCUGACUGCUAAGCCCGAAGGAAUCGCAUGCAGGGUUCGAAGAGUUCGGAAGUGCAAAGGGUGCUCCAUGUUCGGGAGCACUCGGGCUCGGAAGACCCCGUCGUGUUGAUGGGUGCGCGCGCGCAUGUGUUGUGAGCAGUCCGUCCUGCUCGCGGUUGAGGAUUUAUAGCUUUCCAAAGCUGCCAUGUAAACUAUCUUAUUUUGUUUUGUUUAGUGGAAAGAUACCAUUACCAAAUUACGCAAAACGCAUCCAAGGUCACCAACAAGCAAAACACUAUAUAUUCCAGGCGCGUUUACAGUAGAUAAUCCUGAUCAAGCUUGGCUCAUGAGACCCAGAGAAGUGCUGUAAGUCAGUUCCCUCAAGCCUUCAGGAAGCAAUAUUCUUGCAUACAAUUCAGUUAUAAGAAACAACAUCAUCCCGGUCAGAUUCCAAGAGGCCUUUGGAAAGAGACCGUCACGUGACAUCUGGUGCCAAUGUUCUUCCAGAAGGUCGUCAGGACCCUGGUAGCCGGUAACUCCACUUUUGGAAAUGCAGAAAACGACCUACUACGACAACUCGACGCUUUUCGGAGGUUACUCGUACCAAGGGGCCAACGGCUUCGGCUAUGAUGCUCCUCAACCGGCCUUCCAGUCCGCGGCUCACCUCGAAGGCGACUACCAGAGGUCCGCCUGCUCGCUGCAGUCCCUCGGUGGCAACAGCGCUCCUCCCCAGCAGCAUGCCAAGACGAAAGAGCUGAAUGGCAGCUGCAUGCGGCCCAGCCUGCCACCUGAACACCAACCUCCCCCCCAGGUGUCCCCUCCAGUCAUCCCCGCCAACGCCACCAGCAGCAGUGCCACCGCCACCAGCAGCAGUGCCACCGCGCAGCAGCCGGGAGGCAGCGGUGGGGCCGCUAAAUCAGCGCCCAAGACGUACACGCUGUCCACCAACCCCACCCUCAACAAGCAGAUCUUCCCCUGGAUGAAAGAGUCGAGGCAGAAUACUAAGCAAAAAACCAGCUCGCCAAGUGCAAGUUCAGCUAACGCGGAGAGCAGCGGAGGUGAAAAAAGCCCCCCGGGUUCCGCAGCCUCAAAGAGAGCGCGCACCGCGUACACGAGCGCGCAGCUGGUGGAGCUAGAAAAGGAGUUCCAUUUCAACCGUUACCUGUGUAGGCCUCGCCGCGUGGAAAUGGCCAACUUGCUCAACCUCAGCGAGCGCCAGAUCAAGAUUUGGUUCCAGAACCGGCGUAUGAAGUACAAAAAGGAUCAGAAAUGUAAAGGGCUGGGCUCUUCAUCAGGGGGCCCCUCUCCAACCGGAAGCCCACCCCUACCCAUGCAGUCCUCAGCUGGCUUCAUGAACUCCAUGCAUUCCAUGGCAGGCAACUACGACGCCCCCUCCCCGCCAUCUUUUAACAAGUCCCAUCAAAACGCCUAUGCCAUGUCCUCAGCCUACCAAAACCCCAUGAAAAGCUGCCCCUCCCAACAGAAGUAUGCCAACACAGCACCAGAAUACGACCCGCACGGGCUACAGGGUAACAGUGGCAACUAUGGAACUCCCAACAUGCAGGGCAGCCCCGUGUAUGUGGGAGGAAACUACGUGGAGUCGAUGCCCACCUCUGGGCCGUCCAUGUACGGCCUCAAUCAUCUACCACACCACCAGGCUGGGAACAUGGACUACAACGGUGCCACACAGAUGUCAGCAAGCCAACACCAUGGACCGUGCGACCCCCACCCGACAUACACAGAGCUGGCAGCCCACCAUCCUUCUCAGGGUAGAAUCCAGGAAGCUCCCAAGUUAACUCAUCUGUAGUAGGAGGUUUGGGGGAAAAAAACUAAAUUACAACUACAAAUAACUAACCCAUGGGACGCUGCAAUGGGGUUGAAAAAAAACAUGAUCCAGUGGUUUCUUGCCAUGGCCAAAAAAGUAUUGUCUGUUGUCUUUAUCAUUGUGCGUAUUAGUAACAUUCACUUGAAUUGCGUUUUGAUUAACGGUUUAUUUCCUUGAAUAUGGAGCUCUCCCUCGAAAACAAGUCAUGAAAUAGUAAUAGUUGGGCUUAAUGGACAGCUAACAAGGUGGGGGGGGGGGUUUAUUAAUGUCAGACCUUUUUGACUCGGUGAAACACAUGUUAUGUCAACGUGGAUUUAUGUUUAGCCUGCGUCCUUGCAGUCAGCACAAAUGGCUAAGCUUGACUGACGUCAAUAUGCAUUUUUCAAUUGGUGCAAGCAAACCACUGGAUUGUUUUCGAUUACUUCCCUUAUUCAUAUUACCUCUCUUUGGAAAUGUCUCACUAACCCACUGUGCAGUGACAUUUUUUUUUUUGUACAUGUCCUCGCCAAACAUUGUGGCUUCAAUGGAAGAGCUCCUUCAGCAUCACGCAGAUGCAUCGUAGGCCUACACCCCCACUGGGUUUAUGGUGUUUGGGUUCACAUUGCUAUGCUAUGCUAUGCUAGCUAACGUCCAUAAACAAUCACAAACACACACGCGAGGACGUAAAAUUGAUAUUUGUUAUGCUGUUAUAUCAUCAUCACAGGGUAAAAAGGAGUUGAGAACUCUUUUGACAACUAUGAUAGGCUCAUUGCCCCCUCCCUUCUCUCCCCCCUCACCACUCUCUCUCCGUUCUCCCUAUCACUCCCUACUCUCACUCUUCCAACUCUCUAUCACUCUCUCGUUCAAUCUAUAGGGUUCACUUACAUUAGCCAAGACUAAUGCGAAAGGCUCACAAUUUCUCAUGUCUUGACUUAACGUGGAAACAGGGUAUAUUUGAACAAAAUGCAUGUCCGGGAACCAAGCUGAAGUGUAGGUUUACACUAAUGCUUUCUCGUCUGGGCAUCAUUGUUGCACUUAGAGUUUACAUUUUGAUGGUUAAGGGAAAAAUACAUCUUAUUUUGGAAACGGAAGACCUCCAAUCAGCGUCUUUCUCAAUGUAUGUUCAAGUGAACAUUCAUAAAUAUAUAUAUUUAUUUGUUAUAGCCAGUUUAAAUACUUUCUUUUUGUAUUAUUUAUCCCCCAUGUAUUUAUAUCAAGAAAAAAUGUAAUUUUUUAGUAUUUACCUGUUAUAAAGACGUUGUGUUCUUGUCAUUGUAACGAAUACAUUUUAGUUAUUGUAUUUUAGAAAUAAAUAGUUUAUGUUACCCUUGUACGUAAAUAAUGUCUUGACUUGUACAGGGGUCAGCGAGGACGGAAUCAGACCGUUCCUGCAUAGUCGAGAAUUAGACGAAAUAUAGCUAAACACUUUUGGAGAACUUCCUUUGUCCUUUGUAGCUCCUUUUAUUUCAUUGUUAAGAGUUGUCUGUUGAACAAUUCUUUAAUAAAAUGUUAUGUUAUUCA